AUGCCUGGUUUGGGCAAGAUGGGAGAGGCUAAUUUGACUCCCUCCCCAAUUCAAUCAGGGUGGUCUGCUACAUCCUCUUGUACACAUACUCCUGCUCCUGCGGCUGUGCCGCCUCAUGUAUAUUCCCCUAUGUCUUUUGAUCAAAUGUUGCAUUGCAAACUUCUUGAUAUGGUUGCACAAAAUAUGAUUAUAUUAAAAAAGGAAUUCUUGCAAUUACAAGGAGCUUAUGAGGCGCAAGGGGAUCAAUUAGCUUUAUUAAGGGCGGAAUUGGAAGAACAUUGCAAGCAAUUGCAUAAUCAACACAUCUUUUAUUCUAACCAAAUCCAAGGAGCCGCUUCAUCCAUCCAGGCUGUGCAAGAUCAGCUACUCCACAUGUCUACUAUUUGUCCCACGGCCCCACCUCCACCUCCUCCACCUUCUGGCACAGCCACUACCUCCAACAUUCCUCCACCUGCCCCCACAACUUCUAACUCCGAUUUAAACGGUAAAAAAGAAGAUGCCCUAAAUUUCAUCAUUGCUUGUCAGGCUUACAUAAGGGCAAAAGGAGCAAACCAUUCCCAUGAAGAAAAGAUUUUGUGGGUCACAUCAUACUUUGAGGGUGCAGCUGAAGACUGGGUCUGUCCAUAUAAGGAAAGGAAGGUGUUCAGGGGAGAAGCAGUUCCCUUAUUAGAAGAUAUUGAUGUUUUCUGGGCCAAAUUUACCAAACAUUAUGUGGAUACAAAUUGUGAUGAGAAGUACUGCCAGAAAUGGAAUAAUUUGCGGCAAAAGGUGUUGGUCCAGGAAUAUACUUGGGAAUUUCAACAAUACUCUGUCUCCUUGGGUUAUAGCAAUGAAACUCUGCGCAACAAAUACUAUGAUGGUCUCAAGAAUGACAUUAAGGACAUUAUGCUCUCUACCAUGUUCCAAUGGCGUUGCGCUACUGCCCAACAAGUUUAUGACAAAGCAGAAGAAAUUGCCAAUCACAUUGAAUCCACUUGUCUAUCCAAUCCCUCUGUCUCCACUGCUUGCGUCACUGCCACUACUGUUCCCACUUCCACUUCCAAUCCUACUCCUAUGCGUACUUGUCUUAAUGUUGGGGAUAAUGUUUACAUGAUUGAUCCUACCACUUGCCGCGCCAAGAAAGGUGCCAUUACUUCAAUUGUGCGCACAACUUUGGGUAAUAUGCCAAAUGUUAGAUGGAAUGGAGAAUCUAAAGACACAAUGAUUCCAUUCCCCUCCCUCAAAAAAGAUGAACGCCCUGUUGCUGCUGCGCCUGUUAAAACCAUCAUUGCACCUACUCCUGUUCUAGCCUCAAACUCUAAAGGACCAGGUCCCAUGGAUCUUGAUGGAAGAGGAUUUUCAAACCUUACAUGCCAUGUAUGCGGCGGAAAAGGUCAUUUUGCGCGCAAUUGUCCCUCCAAGCCCAUGUCUGGACAUGUGGCUAACGUCAAAUGGUCUUGGGAAAGGCCUAAAGAAGAAAAUUGGAUUGAAGUUGUCUCUGAUGAAGAGGAGUUGGGAAAAGGAAAAGCCAAGGCCAAUUAA